UGACCGGAUAGGAAUUUCCAUCUUCUUGUCGAGAUGUAAUUACGGUUCACAGAUAUCCUGUUGGCACGGAGACUUUGUCACAUCUGGGACGGUUGACUGUAACGCACUUGACUUUGGAGUCGGCCGAUCCUCCGUGGAACGCCUCCAGUGGGUCCAAAAUGCCGCUGCUCACCUGUGGACCGGUACUCGUAAGAGGGAGCGCAUGGCUCCCUUUGCCGGGUCAUUUUGGAGUUCUUUAGAAGAUCCUGUCAUUUGUUUCCAAAUCUUGAAAUCGGCCAGGCGCUAUUCGAGGUACCGCAAACUAAGUGGAGCUUCGGAGGAGACCGAGGCUUUUGCAUUGCCAUUUCAGCCCAUAGCUCUUUUCUUCACUUAAAUCCUCAAACCGGUGAUUAACAUUUCAUAUGUGGGGCGGGGGGAAUACCAGUACCAACAUUUGGCUCAUCCUGCAUACACUGAGAAACAAGAGGUGAGUUCAGGGUUGAAACCUCAUAACCGUUACUAUUAUUAAGUAAGACGUGUUCAUUUGAAAUAUACGUUUCUUUUUCAUUUACAUUUAAACAUGUAAACUUAAGAAAAAAGUGAAUGUGGGGUCGGGGGCGAAAAUAAAUACUCUUAUUUUGACAUAUCUGUAAGUCGGGACCGGAAGUGAGCCUUCGCGUCAAGUGAGCCUUCGCGUCUCACGGUUGUCUUGACGAAAAUGUCUGGUCGAGCGAGCAGCUGUCAAACCGAAAGGGGCGUGGAGAGAGAGAGAGGGAGAGAAAGUCCUUCCGUGCUCGCUUCGGCGUUUCCCCAUUAAACCUCGGCCUCGCCUCUUUCUCCGGUGCCGGACGACUUGACUUUUGUUUGUUUGGUUGUUUUUAUUUGUGGGUACUGGGCGGACCUGUUGUGGUUUAUCCCCCCACUCCCCCUUCCCCUCGCCGGCUGACGGACAACAUUCGACCGGAGGAAGAAGAAGGAGAAGCGGGAAACAUGGCCACGACGACCUGUACGAGAUUCACGGACGAGUAUCAGCUGUACGAGGAGCUCGGCAAGGGCGCCUUCUCAGUGGUGCGUCGAUGCGUCAAGCUGUGCACGGGGCAGGAGUACGCCGCCAAAAUCAUCAACACCAAAAAGUUAUCUGCCAGAGAUCACCAGAAGCUGGAGCGAGAGGCUCGCAUCUGCCGCCUGCUCAAACACGCCAACAUCGUCCGUCUUCAUGACAGCAUCUCCGAGGAGGCCUUCCACUAUCUGCUCUUUGACUUGGUGACCGGAGGUGAAUUAUUUGAGGACAUCGUCGCCCGAGAGUACUACAGCGAGGCCGACGCCAGCCACUGCAUUCAGCAGAUUCUGGAAGCCGUUCUUCACUGCCAUCAAAUGGGCGUUGUGCACCGAGACCUGAAGCCGGAGAACCUGCUCCUGGCCAGCAAAUGCAAGAACGCGGCGGUGAAGCUGGCCGACUUUGGCCUGGCCAUCGAGGUGCAGGGAGACCAGCAGGCCUGGUUCGGCUUCGCCGGCACGCCGGGCUACCUGUCCCCCGAGGUCCUGAGGAAGGAUCCCUACGGCAAGGCGGUGGACAUCUGGGCCUGCGGGGUGAUCCUGUACAUCCUGCUGGUGGGCUACCCUCCUUUCUGGGACGAGGACCAGCACAAGCUGUACCAGCAGAUCAAGGCCGGGGCCUACGACUUCCCGUCCCCGGAGUGGGACACGGUGACCCCGGAAGCCAAAAACCUGAUCAAUCAGAUGCUGACCAUCAACCCGGCCAAGAGGAUCACGGCCCAGGAGGCCCUCAAGCACCCGUGGGUCUGCCAACGCUCCACGGUGGCUUCCAUGAUGCACAGGCAGGAGACGGUGGAGUGCCUGAAGAAGUUCAACGCCAGGAGGAAGCUCAAGGGCGCCAUCCUCACCACCAUGCUGGUCUCUCGCAAUUUCUCCGUGGGCGGCAGGCAGUCCGCCGCUCCGGCCUCCGCGCCUGCGGUCACGGCGGGUAGCGCCGCAACGGGGCUGGAGGAACAAGCGGCCAAGACUCUGCUCAACAAGAAGGCCGACGUGAAGAAACGCAAGUCCAGCUCAACUGUGCAGUAUAUGCCUCAAAUAGUCACCAGCCCCAAAGGAAACAUCCCUUCACCUGCUCUGGAAUCGUCGGACAGCAGCAGCACCACCGUGGAAGAUGAAGAUGUCAAAGCCCGCAAGCAGGAAAUCAUCAAGCUGACCGAGCAGCUGAUUGAGGCCAUCAACAACAAAGACUUUGAGGCUUACACCAAGAUCUGCAACCCGGCCUUGACGUGCUUCGAACCCGAGACGCUGGGCAACCUGGUGGAAGGCCUGGACUUCCACCGUUUCUACUUUGACAACCUGCCGCCCCAAAACCACAAGGCCGUCCACACCACCGUCCUGAACCCUCACGUGCACCUGAUGGGCGAAGACGGCGCCUGCGUGGCCUACGUCCGCCUGACGCAGUUCGUGGACGGGCAGGGUCGGCCGUGGUCCAGGCAGGCGGAGGAAACGCGGGUGUGGCACCGCCGCGACGCCAGGUGGCAGCACAUCCACUUCCACCGCUCGGAAGCUCCCGCCGCCAUGCUGCAGUAGUCGGGUGUGGCGCGAAGGGGGGGGGGGAGAUCCGCUCAAUCGGGCGGGACGGAGGGAGGCGCCAGUCCAAAGUCCAACAGGAACUCCCUCACGCACGCACACACGCACACGCACGCGCACCCCCUGUGAAGCCUGACUUGUGUCACUGCACUGGAAACACCACGUCAAGUUUCAAGUCCUUCUUGCAAGACUUUGGAUUCCGGAUUUGUAGCAUGAAAGGGAGCCACGCCGGCGCUUUCUAGUUGGACAAGUCGUCUGGUUUUGAGUUCAGGACGUAUGCAAACGUGCCGCGGCUUUUUCUUUCCUCCGCUGGGUGAUGCUCGCGGCGCCGCCCGUCACGUCGAUUGUGAUCUUGCUAUUUUCAUUUCUGCAAAAACGCUCAGGCCACCGCCUCCCCAUUCAAAAUUUGCAAUAUUGAACGCAGAGUCGUCUGCUGACCGCCCCCCUUAAAUAAACGAAUGCCACAUCGGAGCGUAAAUAUGGAUAUACAAGUAAAACGUAUUCGGUUAAGGUGCAUACAAGGGGGAGGGGGCUUCUGCUUUUGUUUGCGGCUUUUGACAGUUUUCAUUGAAACGCUUCUGAGCGCAAAAGAAACGACUCUGCUCGAGAAAAUCCCUUUUUCAAGCUGUUUAUUUUGCGGCAAAACUUUCUAACCCGAUGAUGCCCCCCCCCCAUUUAAAAAAAAACAGAAACUAGCAGCAUUUGCAGUCCAAGCGUGUUGUUCUUUCUUAGCGCGUUGACGACAUAUGAUUCACGUUGGGAAUCAGUCCCUCCUUUUCCCGUCUAACAUUUUUAUUGGUCACAAAACAUCCAGAGACAAAUCCAAAAAUCGCUCUUGACCUUCUCCUCCAUCGCUCGAUAGAGACAUUUUGUGAACUAGAUAUUGUUUUGCUUCCAUUUUUGUUGUUGU